GGCGCCGGCAGCGCGGCCGCGGGGAGAGCGGGUCCAUGGAGCACAACCACGUCCACCUGCACAACGGCUCCCUCCUGGCGCACCACCGCUAUGGCUGCGGCCUGGGGUACGCACCUGUCGUCUACUACAGCCUGCUGCUGUGCCUCGGGCUGCCGGCAAACAUCUUGACGGUUAUCAUCCUUUCCCAGCUCGUGGCUCGCAGGCAGAAGUCCUCCUAUAACUACCUUCUAGCUCUAGCUGCUGCUGACAUCCUGGUUCUGUUCUUCAUUGUCUUUGUCGACUUCCUCAUGGAAGACUUCAUCUUAAACAAACAGAUGCCUCAGGUACUGGACAAAAUAAUUGAGGUCUUGGAGUUCUCUUCUAUCCACACCUCCAUUUGGAUUACAGUUCCACUAACAAUCGACAGGUAUAUAGCUGUGUGCCAUCCGCUGAAGUAUCACACAGUCUCCUACCCUGCUCGUACUCGAAAAGUCAUUGUAAGUGUCUACAUCACCUGCUUUUUGACCAGCAUCCCCUACUACUGGUGGCCUAACAUUUGGAUUGAAGACUACAUAAGCACAUCAAUGCAUCACGUCCUCAUCUGGAUCCACUGCUUUACCGUUUACUUGGUGCCCUGCUCCAUCUUCUUCAUCCUGAAUUCCAUCAUCGUGUACAAGCUGCGUCGAAAGAGCCAUUUCCGACUGCGAGGGUACUCCACAGGGAAAACAACAGCCAUUUUGUUUACUAUAACUUCUAUUUUUGCCAUACUUUGGGCACCAAGAGUAAUCAUGAUACUGUAUCACCUCUACGUAUCACCUAUAAACAACAGCUGGGUGGUACAUAUUGUGUCGGACAUCGCCAAUAUGCUCGCGCUGCUGAACACUGCAAUUAAUUUCUUCCUCUACUGUUUUAUUAGCAAAAGAUUUCGCACAAUGGCAGCUGCCACGCUGAAAGCCUUCUUUAAGUGUCAGAAGCAGCCUGUGCAAUUCUAUACAAACCAUAACUUUUCCAUAACAAGCAGCCCCUGGAUUUCCCCAGCCAACUCGCACUGCAUCAAAAUGCUUGUUUACCAGUAUGAUAAGAAUGGAAAGCCUAUAAAAAUAUCACCAUGAAAAGGGCAAUAGUUUGAGUUUCUGGAUGCAAGUUUUCAAGUGGUUACAUCUUCAGGAUGUAAAUUGCUGAAAUGGCUGUUUUGACAAGUGGUCAUUUGAUUUCAUUUCCCUGGGAGACCGAGGGCAGAUCAGACUGUUAAGGAGGGAUCGGGAGCACUUGAUUUUAGGAGCAAAAGUGAGAAGGCAAAUGCCUCCAUCUCUUACACAGCAUUUUGAAUAUGCUUCAGAGUUCAAGUCUUAGUGUUCAGUUGCACUCAAAUGCUUUGCAUCCCAGCACCAGUGCAGUCUGAAGUCAUUGGAGGGGGGAAGCCACAACAGUGUUUAAUUACAACUUUUAAAACACAACAACAAAACCUUACUUGACCUUGCAGUUCACUAUCGACAGAGCAAAUGGAUGCUUUUAUGUACUGUGGAAGGUGCCAUUUCUGGUGUGUGCACUUGCCAAAAUAUGGUAUGUUGUUGCUGACACAAAAUACUACCACAGUCUUGCUAUCAAGACCUUGCUGCAGGAGGCAGCCUGCAAGACACAAACUGGGACGUGCCCUUUCUGGCUCACCUGAACAAGGCUCGAGGACCGUUAUAGUACAUGUCACAGCCUUGGCACGGAAAGCAAUCCUGCAAGCUGCCAAUAUUCAUAUGUUUUAAUUUGUUAUUUAAGAAUGAGACCAAGACAGGAGAGCUCAAGGGAGGGAGGGAGGUUUCUAGAGCCAAGAACAAAAGCAGCAUCUUUCCCCAGCUAUUUCAGUUAUGGUGUGUACAGACUUCGAAGUGUGAGGCCAAGUCCUGCCUAAUGCAGAGAUCCCACUGAAGCUGCUCCUGCGAGGUUUGGAGUAAUCACAGCCUUCAGGUUCCCUCUUAACCAAUAAAGACUCUCCAUUAUCCCCAUGUUCAGGCCUUUAGCAUUAACAUACAAAAAACUCAGUCUAAGAUUUUUCUACUGACAGUUUAUGCCCUCCUAUUGCAGAUUUGCCAUUUAAUUGUUAAAAAAAACAAUUUGUGAAAUAAGGCUAUUAAAUACCCACCAGCAGUAAAAACAUAGAUCAGCUUGGACUGAGGCUUUUGAGUAUUUACCUUAUUUAAAUUAGCUUAAAUUCUCCUCCCUUACACUCAAUCCCAGUAAUGCUGAGUGUAGAAAUUGAGAUUUACAGGAAGGUGGAAAAUGCAUUUCUUGUAAUUUCUCUCCUUCUCAGACCACAUACCUUCUUACUUCUAUAUUAGAUGCUUAAUGCAGCCUUACUGAAUGUGAGAGCAGACUUCCUUGCGUGGUGAACACAAGCACAAUGUGGUCAGUGGACACAGCAGCUUCCCAGCAAAUGAGAAGUAGUCUAGUGCUAGCUCUGCCUGUGCCCAUAUCCAUUUCCAGUGGGGCAUCAGGGACUAACAUCAAGGUCCUCUGCAAAGGGAUCAAGUCAAUCCCACUUUGGUGGGAUACGAGGGCUGAAAGUGUCUCUCUAAACCCCAUGGAUGGCUCAGUUUUGGUGCAUUUCCCCUAAGAAACACCAAGUUGCAAGAGUCCUACUGAGGACAGCAGCUUGGUUCCCUUCUGCCACAGAGGCUGCAUUUGCACACCUACUUAUACUAGCAUCCUGCAAGAGCAAAACCGACACCAGACCUGAGCAUGCCUUCCCCAGGAGGGAACGGCAGCACAAGCCAUGUAGAGCAGGACCCCAGGCAAAGGCUGGCUUGUGAGUGGAGGGGCUUUCUCAGGACAGAUCGAGGCUACUCAGGUCAGGCAGGAGCACAGAGACAGAAUGCCCAGUGCCUCGGGGGGCACUACCCAACCCUCUCCUACCAGCAGAGCAGUCAGGAGAGUUGCUCAGCACUCCUCUGCGAGGUGCUGGAGCACCACAGGGACCACUCUGGUUAGAGCAAGGAGAAGGGGAGCUGAGAGCAAGAGGUGACCCUUUGCACCCUCACCCACCAAAGGGAUGCUACCCACCUAAAUCUCCCCAGAUUGAAAGGAAAAUGGGGAGCUUCCUCAUCCUGUGUGUGCUGCUUGUCCCUGUGUUCUCAGCAAAGCUUCACACUUACUUGCAAUAAUAAAGCGUAAGAGGGAUGCUCAGCCUUGCUGUGUUUGCCAUGGCAAGGUUAAAAUGAUUGCUCCCUUUACCAGAGUUUUACGGAAAUUCAGUUCUGGGGCCAUGCCUUUUACCCUCCUCUCAGAAACCUCUCUCUGGUCUCUGUCAUUCAAUAGUAACCAAAGUUACCUUAUGAAAAAGGUACUGUAUGUUUCAUUUCGGGAAAACACUGUAUUUAUAACUUAUUUUUAUUCUGUUAUGAGGAAUGCUUGUCUGAGUUACAUGUGAAUGAGUCUGAAGUGCAAUAUCUGUAUAGAUAAGUGGUUCUUUUUGGAGAAUGUAUCUAUUGAAAAAAACUAUUUAUACAAGAAAUUCACUAUUUACUUAAUAUAAUGCUAACCUUACAGAAAAUAGUGAAUGUUUAGGGCUUUUAUUUAUUGAAAAGAUUCAAUUAGGUGCAUGGCAUAUGCUGCCAUUCACGUGGUGUGAUCCGUUAGUUUCUGUAACAUAAUGUUUAUCCUGCAAACAAGCAAUGUCAUCUGAUUUUUCCUGUUCUGAUUAUGCAUUUUUGUAAAUUACCAGAUCUGAAAACAAAACUUUUGUGUGAAUAUUUUAUUUCCCACUAAAAAUAACCCAUUAAAUUGUAACUUCAUUUGAAAAACCUCGCCAUCCUUGCCCAUAUCACUUUAGAAAUUACAAGGUGCAAUUUUCAUGUGUGGUGGAUUGGUCAUUUCAUUUCUGAUAAUUUAGGGUUUUAAGAGCUUACUUCCAAAGCCCCUUGAAGUCAAAGGGAAGGUUGCUUGUGGGUUUUGUGGUUGUUUUUUCCAAUCCCCAUCAAUUUAUGAGGGCUUUGGAUCAAGCUGUAGCUUGCUAAUGGACAUUUGAAGCCUUCUUAGAGUCCAGUUUGGAUAAUAAAGCCUUGACUUUUUAGUCUGCCAUAUGGAAGCUGCUGUUGAUAAUACUUGCCUUAUUUUUGGUUGUGUGAAGCGUCUUGCAAUGACUGUUGCUAACUAGCCAAUGUCUUGCUGUAUUAUUCGUACCUCCUGAUUUUCCAAUAGUAAAAACUUAACCAAGCACAUAUAGUGCCAUUAUUUAUGGGAAAAGUAUCCUGGAGACAAAACCAUCCCUGUUGUGGAGAUGGUCUUUUGUACUCUGUUUAAUUUAUAUUUCAAAUAUCUACAAUUAGAAAAAAUAAGCUGUGAAUGGACAGUUUUACAAUUACUUACAGGUAUAUGUCCUUGAAGACCACAGAUAGGAACAAAAUACUUUUUAGACAAGUUGCUGGUAUAUAAAAUUAUGGGACCUACCACCUACUCAAAUUGUGAAUAUUGAUAUUUUCAUAAGUAGACAAUAUAUUGUGUUUGACAAACUUGUUUGUAUUAUAAUAAAUUAUGAGAUGGUGCAUAACUUA